AUGGCAAAUACAGCCAACUAUGAGUCCCACGAUUGGGAGAGGGAUAUGACUCUCGCGCAGGAGGCCCAUAUCGAUGCUUUUGCCCUCAACAUGGCUUAUUCAGUGGGGGCACAUGAGAAUACUAUCGAAACAGCCUUCCAAGUGGCCGAAAAGCAGAAUUUUCAACUUUUCUUCUCCUUUGACUACGUUGGAAAUGGAUCAUGGCCCCAAGCAGACGUUCUACACCUCUUACAAAAGUACUCUUCGAGUUCUGCGCACUACCGCCACAAUAACAAGCCUUUCGUUUCGACCUUUGAGGGAUUCGAUAAUGCCGACGACUGGAAAGAAAUCAAGAAUAAAACAAAGUGCUUUUUCGUGCCGGAUUGGUCGUCAGUUGGAGCCAAGGCUGCUCUUCAGCUUGCCGACGGCGUGGCUGAUGGCUUGUUCUCGUGGGCGGCGUGGCCCUCCGGCGGCGGGAAGAUGAAUACUCUCGAAGACGCAGCCUUUAUCGACAGCCUCAAAGCAGCAGACAAGCCAUACAUGAUGCCCAUAUCACCCUGGUUCUUUGCUGAUAUGCCAUUCUAUGGAAAGAAUUUUAGCUUCCAUGGUGGUAGCCUAUGGAACGAGCGCUGGGUUGAGGUGUUCUAUAUUGAUCCGGAAUGGGUCGAAAUUAUCUCUUGGAAUGAUUACGGGGAAUCUCAUUACAUCGGACCACUCAAUGAGAAAGGGUUCCAGCUCUUCGAUGCGGAUAAGGGUUCUUAUAACUACGCCAGGGGGAUGCCACACGAUGGCUGGCGGCUUCAGCUUCCGUUUGCGAUUGACGUCUACAAAAACGGGACGGCCUCUGUGAAACAGGAAAGCCUCGUCAUGUGGUAUCGCACUCAGUCGGAAAGCGCUUGUGGCAACAAGAGCUCCGUGGACGACGACCUGAAAAAAGCUGGCGCACAUAAGAACCAGAUAUUCUUCUCUGCGUUGUUGGGCUCGAAUGCUUCUAUAAAAGCUACCUUCGGUGACAUGGAAAAGCAUGCUUCUUAG